AUGACAUCUACAUCAGACAUUCCUAAUAGUACAUCACCUAAAAAUGAAUAUUUUAUAAAACAGCGAGAUUUAUUAAUUCAAGAAAUAUCGAACAAUUUAACUAAAGUACAUACAAAUCUAGAAGCUUUAAAUCGAUCUUUACACGAAUCAAAGCAAAUAGGUAAAGAAUUCGACGAUGUUGCAAGGUUAUGGUCUACUUUUUAUGAUGGUAUGAAUCAAGUACGAGAAAAUACAAAUGUUGAUGUUCCGAAACCUUCAACCGAUCUGGAGAAAGAUAUAGCAGACGAACCAAAUGAAUAG